AUGCCCGACGCAGUCAAAGCCGCAAACUACAUCCAACAGCUCGACGAUGCCCGCUGCGACGAGAACUGGGAUGCCGUGCCCGAGCUGAUCCGCAAAGUGCGCAAGCACGCCCCAGACCGAGUCUGCCUCACCCUCACCGCCGAAAUCGAACACUCCCUAGCCAAGUCCAACUUCAAACACACCCCCGCAACCGACAGCACCACCCGACCCCCAACCGCCUCCAACGCCCCCGCCGGCCACGAAGCCUCCAACCGCCUGCCCGACCUCCUCACAGCCAUCGACGCCGAAGCCGACCACCCCGAAGACCGCUUCCAAGCCCGCGUCUGCGCCGGCUGGCUGCUCUGGGUCCUGCACGAGUACCCGGCCGCGCUAGCCCGCUUACCACGCACCCUUCUCGAUCAGCAGGAGCCUGCCGCUUCCUCCUCCGACGGCCAUGAGGGAACAGGAACAAACCAAGACCGCGGCAGCAGCAGCGUAGCAGCCUACCGCCCAUCAUCCUGGACAAAAGUAUGCGGUCUCAAAGCCGCCUACCUCCGAGCCAACUGUCUCGCGCGGGACGGCCAACGCGAGGGUGCGCUGCAGGCGUUUGAGACGGCGCUGCCGACGCUGAGCGAUGUGUGGGCGGCGGGUGCGGCGUCGCCACCUACGCGUCCACAGACGCGGUUCUGGGCCGAGUUGUUUCUGACCGAGUUUUGUAUGCUGAAUGCGCAGGCGCUGAGGGAGGGGAGUCGUGCGUUGGGGGACCAGGGGUGUUUGGCGGGGUUUAGGACUUGGGCGAAGUUUUGGUUGCCGUCGCAGCAGCAGGCCGGGGUGGUGACGGACUGGACGGCGAUUGGGGGGUAUGGGUUCCGGGGCUCGGUGCCUCGGCGGCAGGUGUGGAGGGAGUAUUAUUUUGCGCUGUCGGAGAUUCUGCGGGGGGAUCUGCCGUACCCGGCUGGGUACGUAGCGGUCGGUCAGAACAGCAAGGAGAAACAGACACCGUCGACCCGAAACAAGCUGGCACAGGAGGUGGUGGAUAUUCAAGCGGCGUAUGGCCGGCUGCUGCUGGACGAGACCAAGUUCCCGCGGGCGGACGAGGAGCGGGCGGACGUGGAGGAGUUUGUGCGGCGGCUGAUGCAGAAUUUUGAGAUUCUAAACGGGUCGGGAGGCCGGAAGGAUGUGCUUCUGGGCCGGUUUGUAAAAGACACGCUGUAUGAAGCGGCGGCUAAGACGUACCACUCGACGGCUAUCCUGCGGUACAUGUUCACGGCCCAUCUGGCGGCCGCCCAGUUCAACAUGGCGUUUCGCGCGGCGGACUCGUGGUUGGAGUUAGUCAAGAAAGGCAGGGCCAGGGUGCAGAAGACGGGCCAUCGGGAGCCGGCGUUGGAUGAUGAUGCCACGACGCUGACGACCCUCUCGGCGUGUAUCACGGCGCUAUGUCGGUUUGGCGGAAGGGACGAGGCCGAGAAGGCGUAUAAGUUGGCGGAGGAACUGGAGGAACUGGUGCUGGAGGAGGAAGACAAACAGAAGACGAAGAGCGGCGAUUAUGACGAUUCUCGGGAGGUACCCGGGGAUGUGCUCGCGCUCGCAUGGCAGUCAGUCGGCCAAGCCAAAGCCCACUGGGCACGCGCGACCUACGACGCCGAAUCGCGCCCGGGACUCCAAGAAAAAGCCACUCGGUGCCUAGCCCGGUCCCUCUCACCCCGCUACCGCCGCCCCGUCGACCCCAAGGGCGUGUUCGCUCUGGCAGUGCUGUACGCCGAGCAGCGCAAGCUGUCCGCGGCCAUCGACCUGGUCAAGUCCACGCUGCUGGGCGACAAGCCGCUCACCACAAGCCAGCAGCUGCGUCUGGGCCCGUACUACCGCGAACGCGCGCUCAUCCCCCUAUGGCAUCUCCUCGCGUUGCUACUGAGUGCUAGACAGGAGUAUGUCCUGGCUGCGCGGGCGUGUGAGGGCGCUAUCGAGCAGUUUAAGGAUCCGUAUGUGCUGUUUGGCAGUCGCCAUCUUGCCGGGCCUGGGGGGUAUCGGAGUGAGCACCUCAAGGAAGCUGCUGCCAAGGGUUCUGACGACGGCGGGAAAGCGGGUGGUGAUGGGCUGGUGGAUGAGAUGGACGAGUUUGAGAAGGAGGGGAUCCUGCAGAUCAAGAUCACGCAGUUAGCCAUCCUCGAAGUGGUUGAGGGCCCUGCCGUGGCGGUCAACGCGAGCACUGAGCUGAUCACGCUGUUUACGCGGCUGUUUGGGAACCUGGACCAGGAGGUUGAGUUGGCUAGGGUUGAACCGCCCAAGACGGCGGCUACUACGGCAGGGCAUAGUCUCAGGGGGAGUAUCUUUGGGAGUAAGCACCAGCAUCACCCGCGGCAGAGCGUUACCACCACCGGAGAAGCCGCUGCUACGACAUCAUCCCCCCCACGACCGCAGACAACGCAAACAACGCAAACCACGCAAACCGGCCAAUCUUCCCCGACGGACGUCAACUCCAACGAACCCGUCAAGCGCACCCGCAACAGCCUGCGCAAGCGCACCCGCAGCGUCAGUCGUCCGCGGGCUGCUAGUGGCGCGGGGUCUGUCGGUGUGGCUGGCCCGCCGGUCCCGCCGUUGGAUAGUGCAAAGUACUCGGCUGCGUUUGAUGCCGGGGCGUUGCCGAGUUAUGGGUCGGGUACGCCGACGGGACGGUCCUCGGCGCAGUCGCAGACUCAGGGUCAGACUCAGGCACAGCAGUCACGGCCUGCUGCGAACGGCACUACCACCGGAACACCCGACAACGGCAACUCAGCAGCGGCCACACCCCCCCGACAAACACCCGGCCUUGCGUCCCCUCUAUUGCCUUUUGUGACCUUCCCCGAGCGCAGACAACAACUGCGGCGGAAUGCGAUCUUGGUGCGGGUGUGGUUGGUUAUUGCGGGGUUUUAUCGGCGUGCUGGGCUGUUGGAUGAUGCGGAGAAGGCGAUGGGGGAGGCGGAACGGGCUGCGGGGGGGGUUGAUGGUGAGGGUACUUUAGAGGGUGUGGGGGUUGUGACUGGGGAUGAUGUGGAUGGUGAGGGGGGGUUGGGACUUGGGUUUGGGAUGGGUGUUGAUGAGGCGAGGGCUGAUGUACAAGUUGAGAAAGGACGAACCCUCCUGGCCCGCGGCAAAAAGUUCGCCGCACGCCGCGAAUUCGAAAUCGCCCUCACCCUCUGCCCCGACCACCCGGCCGCCGUCGUCGAACUCUCCAAUCAGCUCCUCGACAUCUACACCGAGCACAUGAUCCCCAUCCCCGUCGCCCCAGAGCUGUACCUCCAAAACCUCGCUCUCGACGAGGCCGGCAACAUGGUGCCCGUCGCUGCCGACCCGGACGAGACCGACGCGGGACUACGCACGGGGCCCAUCCCCAGACACAAGAAGAGUGCCAUCCCCCCGCUGCCGUCGACGCCGUUGGGUUUGUUCAAGAAAGAGGGCGUUACCUCUGUAUCCGUCCCAGCCCACCACGGCAGUCACCCCACCAACCACGAAAACACCAACGGCCACGCCCCAUCCCUAUCCACCGCGCCAUCUCUCGUCCCCUCCCUCCAACCCCUCCCGGAACCCAUCAACCUGAGAUCUAACUUCCUCGGCCCCCCCCUAACCCCCCCAGCCAAAACAACCACCCUCCCCCUUCUCGACCGUCUCGCGGCGCGGGACCGUGCCUACGGGCUACUGUCGGCGCUGACGAGGCUGGGUAGCGGGUGGGAUGAUGCCGAGGCGUGGUUGGCGCUGGGCCGGGCGUAUGAGGAGAGCGGGCAGGUGGAUAAGGCGAGGGGGGCGUUGUGGUGGUGUGUGGAGUUGGAGGAUGGUCGGGGGGUUAGGGCGUGGGGGGUUGCGGGGGGGUAUGUUUUGUAG